AGUCGAAAGCUCCUUGAAGUGAAACAAGGGAGAUCUGGCCAUACUCAGAGACUUAGAACACCAAGGGAUCAAACAAACCCCGAGCGGAUGUUUUCAGCGGCCACGCGGACAUGCCACAGAAGCGGAAGGGGUCUUGUGUCGAUUGGUAUGUGAGAUUCCUCAUUCCUGCACUCGUCACCCUCCCAUCUGCAACAAAGCCACAUAGACAGCUACUGCUGACCCAUGUUUCGGAUCAGCUCAGUCUUAAUUUGCCUUCAUGGCUGACAAGUUAUCUAUUUGUUUAUGUCUGACAAUGGGAUCAGGCAUUCGGUCAUGUUAUAUGCUUCAACAACGCCCCUAUGGCAGGUGAUACGGUCUGCUGAAGACCUCAACGCAUCCAACGCCAUCACCGAAGCUUCAGCAGUCGUCGAUCCUGUCCUAUUCCGUCGGUUCUUUGCCUUACCUAUUGCAUCUGAAAGCCCUGUUCGGUGUCUUGCACCUAUCAGGGAAACGUGCGCACUGCACCCACUCUUUCCGGCUGGGGUCUGGGAAAUCUGGACGGUCCCAGGCAGAUCGGUGCCAGGGCAAAACCUUGUUAAAAAUAACUUGUUCGGUCUUUCGUCCGACGGCCAAUUGUAUACGCACUGGAGACUCUUGAUGAUUCGGUCCGUGACGAAAGUAAGAGCUAUCCGCAUGCGACUUGCAGAUCUUCUAGAGGGAUAUAAUAAAGUCGUGCAUCUAUGACCUUGCAGGACACGACCCGCCCCCUCCUGCCUUCUUUAAUAUCGAUACCCUCUGCCACUAGCGUCGUACAUCACUCUUCACAAUUCCUUCUCCUCUCAAUUCAUAAUGAAGUUCACAAACUACCUUUUGACAACUGCAUCACUCGCAGGCAGUG